AUGCGUCUGAUCAAUGUACGAACUGGGCGAUUGGAGGAGCUCUUCCAUGAGCCCCCUGCGUACGCCGCUCUUUCACACACAUGGGGAAGCGAUGAUGAAGAGAUCUCGUUCCGAGAUUUGCAAGAAGGGAAUGACUUCUUCAAGACCGGCGUCGGGAGGGACAAGUUCGCCGGGUGUUGCAAGCAGGCCUUAGCCGACGGACUUGACUAUGCCUGGAUGGAUACGUGCUGCAUUGACAAGGCCAAUUCGACGGAGCUAAGCGAGGCUAUCAAUUCUAUGUUCGCAUGGUAUCAAAAGGCCGCUAUAUGCUACACUUUUCUUGCCGACGUCUCGGCCGCCGAUGAUGUGUCGAAUCCAGACUCCGAAUUUCGACAAAGUCGCUGGUUCGAGAGAGGAUGGACCCUUCAAGAGCUUCUAGCACCUGGCGUUGUCCGUUUCUAUAGCUGCGAAUGGUCUUUCCUGGGCACGAAACGACAGUUAUCCACCGUCGUCGCUCAGAUCACAGGCAUACCUCGGCCGUUCCUCCUGGGCACCGCGGAGCUACGCGAAGCCAGCGUCGCCCAACGCAUGUCCUGGGCCGCAAAGAGGGUCACGAAAAGGAAGGAAGACAUUGCGUAUUGCCUUCUCGGCAUGUUCGGGGUUACUGUGCCUAUGAUUUACGGCGAAGGGGAGCAAGCCUUCGGGCGCCUUCAGGAGGAAAUUAUGCGUCGGAAUACGGAUGACUCCAUUUUGGCAUGGAACCUGAGCAGCAGCGAAGCUGAAACAGAUCUCACGCCGACUGGUAAAAUCAAUUCGGGUGGUAUUUUGGCUUCUAGCCCCUCGGACUUUGCCAACAGUGGCGAUAUCGUCUGUCGAGAACAUAGAGGGACCUCGAUCGACCCGUUAUACGUUUUUGGCGGCCACCUACGUAUCCACCUUUGCCUUUACACUACGACGAUGAACCAGACUUUCGGUCUUCUGGAUUGCCAUCCAAAAGAUGACGCACAGGCUGUUGUCGGCAUUCCCCUUUUCGGCGUCAACUCUGAUGGAUCCUUUGAAGAGUACAUCAGGCCUGAGGGGUACGUAGGGAAAUUGCUUCGCAGCAUGGACUCUAAGGACCCUCCCAAGCUCAUUCGCAUCUGUAAAGAUCGCCAGAACGAAUCAGUCGCGACUCUCAAUCGUCGGUACGGAUUUUACAUCGAAGAAUCAGCUCACGAGACUGGGUUAGAAAUGAUUGAAGUUGAGCCAAAGGGCCGCUGGGAAAGGGACAAUGCAACCAUCAAUACGACGGUGGAUUUCAACCAUGACCAGGUUCAAAGGACCUGGGUUCGAUUCCGUCAAAAGCGAGAAGAAUUUCGCGACUAUGUGGUGAUGUUGGAACUCGAGGUCAACCAAUCGAGAGUUCAAGCCCGCUGUCACGUCAUGACAGCAUCGCAGGACACCAGCUUGGAUACCAUUGCUGCUAAGAUUAUGGAGACAAAUCAACAUACAUUCGGCAAGCAGAGCGCAAGCAAUGGAGUAUCCAAUCUGCUUGUAACGCUCGACGAGGAACGUGUAGGAGCUUGUCAGAUGUUCGUCGUUAGACUGGCGUCCAUGAGCAAGCCCCCAAGAGUCAGCGUCUAUCUCAGAGACCUCCUGUAUGAGGACCGCGAUAUUGGACCCGAACGUUCUCAAAUAGGACUGCAAAUCCAAGAGAAAACACAUAACGCAGACAUUCACAGGGAGAAGCUCGCCGCUGUUCAAUCGCAGCUCGAUAAAUUGCACUUGGAGAAGCAAUCGCUGAAUAAGGGCCUUACCGAGACCACCCGAGAGAUCGAGCAACUUCAUGCCCAGGACCGCAUUCUGAAGCAAAGGCGAGGCACGCUGUCUCAAACUGUUACAAUAACGCAAGAUAUCCUGGGCCGCCUCGAUGAAGAGAGUGUCAGCCAGUGGCACGAAGCCAUGGUAGGAUCUUUGCUCCAAAGCCUAUCGCCUAUCGGUAACAACGCCAUCGAUCCGUUGAACGACGCGUCGGAGGAACUGUUGAUGCAAGCAGUUCUCAAAGGUCAUGAAGCUACCGUGCAGUUUCUCCUCGAUAGAGGGUCUGAGAUCGAGUCUCAUGACAACGAGGGGCACAGCCCGCUGUCCAUCGCCGCAAUACGGGGCCACGAGGGGCUCAUCCAGAUGCUGGCAGAAAGAGGUGCCGAUAUCGAGUCUAUUAACCAGCAUGGUACCACGCCUCUGCUUAUUGCAGCCUUGCAAGGGAAUUCUCCUGUAGUGGGACUUUUGCUCGAUUUAGGUGCUGGAGUUGAAGUCAAGACCAGAAACGGCCAAACUUCGCUCGGCAUUGCCGCUCUCAAAGGCCAUAGAGACGUCGCUCGCCUGCUUAUCGACAGAGGAGCUAACAUUGAGUCCAAAAAUGCAGAUGGGUGGAGGCCGUUGCAUGUAGCAAUCGCAAAAGGGCACAAAGACCUAACAAACUUGCUUCUCAGCAGAGGAGCCGAGAUUGAACCAUGUACUAGGCGAGGAAUUACUCCUCUGGCCAUGGCGGCGAUGAAAGGAAACGAGGGACUGGCGCAUAGCCUCAUCCAAAGAGGAGCGACGAUUGACACACGAGAUGCCGACGGCUGGACACCCCUAUUCCAUGCCACGUCAAGAGGGUGCGGCCCUAUAAUGGAUCUACUCCUCGAUAGGGGCGCGGAUAUCAAAGCGAAGGAUAUCAAAGGACUCUCUCUCCUUAGCAUGGCUGUCGAGAAGGGGCAGAAGUCGGCGGCGAUGCUUUUGAUGGAUAGAAGUGCUAGCGAGGAGAGGACGGAUAGUAAGGGCAAGUCGUUCCAGGAAGCAAUCAAGGGGAAUCAUGAGGCUUUUGUGCAGCUACUCCGUCGGAAUGGUGGUUCCAGUGACAGUCUGGACUCGGGGAGGAGGAUGUUUUGGCGGAAGCCUGCUUCUAAACUUCAGAAAGCACAAGCUUCCGAGAACUAA